UUCGCGUCGUUGUCAUAGUGUUGUUUAUAGAACUCGGCUGCUCAUUGGCCAAGUUUUAGUUUCCAUGCUAGUAUUGGCUGCUGUGGCGUGGUGUUUCCACCAAUAAGGAAGCGCGCUUUUUACAAACUGCAGAGAGCCAGGAAGUUGACAGUCCACUGCAGAGCGAAGAAAGGCAACUCGAGCUCUUUAAAUAUCUACAGAAACAGCACCUGGAAAAACGCAACUUUGGGGCUUAGUUGAACCAAAAAAAGCAGUGUUCAUAUAGAGGAAAGCAGCAGUGAACAUCGACAUUUUAAAAGCAUCUCUGUUUAGUUGUCUUUCCAUCAAUAUGGAUUUUCCUUCGGUGCUGCGUCAACAAAACCAAACCAAAACGCACAGUGAAUCCCUCAGAAUGAAGAAUGAACAUAAGAAGCUCCCAGUGGAACCAAAGACUUCUAAGUUUGUGUCGGCCUCUGACCUCUCCAGUGAAGACGGUGAAAACAAAGAUCCAAAGACGAAGAAAGCACCUGGAAGACCAGGAGUGAGCAGGCUCCCUGUGCUCGCAAAGACUGUUUGUCUUCAGACUCCCAGCAAUUUCAGUCAAACACAUUGUAAAUGGGAAGAUAAGUCUUUGGCUGGCAAAGCUAAGAGGAAUAAGCCAUACAGUCGGCCUGUGCCUUUCAAACCGUCUCAGACCAGGAGUUCAACAAUCAACAACCAGACAACAAGCAGCGCACACAACGUUCAUCUAAAGACCCACAGUACAAAUGUAAAACCUUCUCAAGAGUCGGACACGUGGAACAGACAUGUGGGAUCCACACAUAAGGCUCGACGAAAGGCCAAUGACACUAACCCCACCACGUUACGGCAACCUGGACUCCAGAGCACUUUACCAUCGUCGUCCACUACUGCAGACUCCUGCCUGAAAAACAUGAACCUGCUCAGCCUCAAGGAUCCAGCAAAGAUGAAGCAGGAGAGCAAGCAGGGAACCCAGGUUAAAGUUUCAAAGGAGUCAGCUGGUGACAACUUCCAACCUGACCAUGCAGCGUUUCUCAGUAUCCUCCACAAUGAAGGUAUCAGCACCACAGAUCUGGGAUCUGCCACUCCACACAGCAAACCAUAUAAUUAUGAGCCUCAGCGAGUGUCUGUGAUGAGGAGUCGAAAAAAAGCUGCUCCCACUACAGGGGAGAACUACCAGCCUGACCACGCAGCUUUCCUCAGCAUCCUCCGUAACGAAGGCAUCAGCAGCACAGACUGCGGAUCUGCAACCCCACAUUGUAAACCAUAUAACAACGUGCCCUUGCGAGUGUCAGUGAUGAAGAGUCGACAAAAAGCUGCACCCCACACAGGAUCAUCCAAGUCGGUGCAGUUUUCCCCCGAUGCUAAUGCCCUGCAAAGUAUUCUGCGGAACGAGGGGGUGACCACUGCAGGACUCGGAGGUGCCACACCACGGACAUCUGUUUGUCCCCCAGGCAGAGGCACUUCAAUCUACAUGGCUCAGAGAGUGCCGAUCAGGAAAAAACAGGCAGAGGUGACAGGCAGAGCUGUGGUAACUCUGAAAGAGACUCCAGGGAACAAAUGGACUCCACAGAGAGUCCGUGAAACCAGACACCAGCCCAUAUCUGCCAUGAAGUGGCAUCAAUCUGCACAGAAGUCUCUGGUCAGUUCAGGAGUGAAGAGCAGCAAAGUGGACGCUGCUCAGCUGCAGCAGGAGGUUGUCCAGAGGUUGUUUGAUGACCAGGAGGAGGAUCUGGACACAAAUGUGACAGAAGAAGUGUCUGACUCACAAAAGGAGCAGCUCACAAGUCGAGCCUCAGGAAUGAAACUACUUGGUGAAGAAAAGGUAGAAAAAUCUAGUGAAGAUGAGAAAGAGGAGGAGGAAGAGGUGGAGGAGCAGCAGAUGGCGCCUUUCCACCAAGAACCACAGAGGCAGUCGGUCAUAUUUUUCUCAACCAGCAAAAAGAUUUUCAGAGCCUCACGUUUUGAGGAUCAACAGAGCUCGUGUGAUCAGGAUCAGCUCGGUCCACCGUCAGGUGUGGAGGAAACAAACUGCCUCACCAACCUCUCAGUGCUGAGUGUGCGCAGAGAACUGAUGAUCCGGAAGAGUCCGAGUCUGAACCCUGCGGUGGCGUUGCUGCGUAAGCGUCUCCCUCCUCUGGAGGAACUACGUAUGGAUGAAGAGGUGGCCACCUACACCUCCAUGAGUGUCCCUGUCACCCCCGGGUUUGUGCCCCCCCGACCUCGCUGUGGAAACCCCCUUGCCUCUAUGCUACACUUUGAGGAGUCCUCUAGAUUUGUUCCUAUCGAUGUCUCCUUCGAUCCUACGUCUCCUCACGGCUUCUCACAGAAACAGAGAUGAUGAUGCACUACAAGCCCAGUUUCUUUCAGUGAGAAGAUCCAGAGUGGAUCAGUUAAUAAUAAAGUACUGAAGACCUUUGUCCAACACUGUUGCUGCCAGCCUUAAAUGAGGUCCAAGGACCUGAUGCUAUUUUUUUUUUUCACCUUGAGGACCUGUUUUUUAUAGAUGUUUUUUGAUUAUGCUUUAAAAAAAAUUUAAUCUGUCUGUUUUUUCACCACUAUAUAAAUGUGUACCGCACAAGUGACAAAAUAUACAGAUAUUAAUGGUCAAGAACAGACAUUAUCAGUGUUAAACACAGACAACAUAUCAAAUGUGGUCUGAUAUUUUUCUGUAAUAAAAAAAAACAUUUUCCUGAAUAUUGUUGUAGUUGUAUAGUGUUUAUAAUAAAUGUGUAUAUGUGUUUGAAAGGCCAUGUAUGUUUUUGUCUAUUGCUGCCAAUU